AUGAUUGAGAUGUUGAGAAUGAUUAGGGAGAGGAGAGAGAGGGGAAGGGAGGAAGAAGGGAAGGGAGGAAGGGAGGCAGGGAAGAAGAAGGGAAGGGAAGAAGGGAAGAAGGAAAGAAUGGUAGAGUAUGGAUUAAACGGAAAGAGCGGAGAGCGAGGAGGUGGAUUUGAGAUGGAAAUGAAAAUGGAAAAUGGAAAUUGA